UACUACCUCAGGUGUAUAGGUGGAAUAAAGAAUGACCUCUUCCACAAGGAUUUCCCCACACAGCUUAUGUGUUCUUGGAAAAUAAGGCUGUCAGAAGGUACUGGAUGAAUAAAAACAGUGAGCAAACUCUGGACUCUACCUCAGUACUCAACAAAAAUGUCGAGCAACUGACAGGACAAGUUGGGCAGCUUGAACAAGAAGAACAAGGCAAAGUGAAUGGUUUGAUACCUGUCGUUCCAAGUAUGAAUUACAGUGACUGGAUCAGGGAGAAACAGAUGCAGCUAAACAGCAUGACAAUUGGAAAUGACCUGAAUUCAGUGACUAAACAGAUAGAAGAGCAUGUCCUCUUUCAUAAAGAAAUAGAAGAAAUAAGAGCCGGCAACAAUGAAAAUGAUGAUGCGGAUUUUGUGCCUAGUUUACAAGUGAACUACAGCAAGCUGAUAUCGGCAUCAAAGCAGCGGCAGCAUGAUCUUAGUUCUCUGAGAGACUACAUGAGCUGCUGUACCAACGAACUCUACUGGACAGAUGACCAGAUGAAUGAGAACAUGAUGUAUGACUGGAGUGACCAGAACCUUAAUUACCACAGUCGUCAGUGGCAACAUGAGAACUUCAUUAAGAAUAAGCUGCAAGUCAAAGAAGCAGCCAUAACCAAACUUCAUAACGAUGGUGAGAAAAUGCUUGCUGAAAAACAUCCUGGAAAUAAUGUUAUUAAGGCUCAUAUGGAGGCAGUUCAUGCGGAAUGGAAACAGUACCUAAACCUGCUGAUUUGUGAGAAUAUGCAUCUGAAGUACAUGAAGGACUAUCAUAAGUUUUAUAAAGAUGCCAAAGAUAUUCAAAACCUGUUGAAGAAGGUGGACACAGACCUGAAAGAGAAGUAUGGCCAAGAGUUUAAUGAUGUCCACCAGCCUGAGCUCGUGCUGCAAGACCUGGAUGAACAACAGAAGUCCAUGGACAGAUUUGCUGAUGUUGUUUCAUCACUGCAAAAGCGAAGCCUGCAGGUACUUCCUCUAAAGUACCGCCGAGAAACACUUUUGAAGCCUAUUCCUGUGGAGGCUCUUUGUGACUAUAUAUCAGAACAGAGUCAGAUUAUCCGUGGUAACUGUUACAUCCUUCAAAAGAAAAAUGGAAUGAAUUGGGAGGUCACAGAUUCAGCAGGAAGAAAACAGAUUGUUCCAGGUACUUGUUUCCUGAUUCCUCCCACUGACCCAGAAGCUACUGCUCUCACAGAUAAUAUUGUCAACCAGUAUAAAACAGUCAAGCGGAAGUUGCACAGUUCCAGAAACGUUUUGCUACAUCAUUAUGAAGACCUGAAGAAGGAGAAGAAAAGUGUCUCUCCAGAAGAUGAACAUGGACUACAGUGCUGGCAGCUGCUGUCUGGCUUAGACAAAAUCGACAAUAACCUGAAAAAUCAGGAGAAGGCUGUUAGUGCAUGUAUAUGUUCUCCUGUGGAUCAGAGUCAGCCUGUACAGGUCACAAUCAAUCGUAUGCAGACAUUAAAAGAUAUUGCUACUACUGUGUAUAACACCGAGCAAGAGAAGACUGUGAAAAUACAAGAGUGUGAGGCCUUUCUUGCAAAGAGUCCACACUGUGCUAGAGUACCUCAGCUUCAGAACAAAGUCAAUGAAGUCAUCACGAAGCAUUCGAGAGUGAAGAACCUGCUGAACUUUGCACAGGAAAAAUUGGAUGCUGCGCUUUGUCUAGAAAUCAUUCUUCAGAAAAGCAGGGACAUAUUAUCAGUUUAUGAAAACAAAGUUGCACUUGGUGAAGCUAUUGCAGAAAACAUCUUGGAGAUGGACAGCGAGAUGCAAGACCUGGCUUCUAUAAGCUCUGAACUAAAGUCAGAAUGGUCCAUGAUUAAUGAAUCAGAAAAGAACUUAAUUAAUGUCAAAAACAUCUGUGGCACUCUUGCCAGUACGUACCAGGAAUACUGUCCUGACACUGAUCGCCAGGAAGCAGAGGUGCUCAGACUCAACAACCAAUAUGAAAACCUCAGCAAACAUAUAGAUACAAGGUCCCAGCAUCUGCAGAAGGCUAUGACUGCAUAUAACAACUACAACAAAGGUUUUAAUGACCUGAACAAAUGGCUGGACAUUGUGCCAAACAAUGAGCCUAGGGAGACUGACACCCUCCAACAAAUUAAUACCAAACUGAAGAAUCAAAAGCUCCUAUUAACAGAUAUCUCAGACAAGGAAGCUGAAAUGGAAAAAGUUUCAAACAAUGCUCUACACUACCAGCAGGCUAUCAAGGAUUAUGAAACAGAAAAAAAGAAAAUGAGAUACAUCCUUGGUCUAGACAAGGAUUUAAAUGGUAACAAAUGCAAGAAGUACGAAGUCCAGUCAGCAACUACUAAAAUCAAAGAGGAGGAAGCUAUCCUGGCUGCAAAGUUUACUGAGGUCAAGGCUGUGAACAAACAAAGAUUGCAAAACCUUCAGUUUGUGCAGAACAUUCUGCAGCAGAAACUAGAAAAUGAGCUAUUACAGGAACAGCACAUCAUGUCUAACAGAGCAGAAAAGUCUGGAGAGGACCCCUGGGAGAUGAUACAGAAGAUGUUGGAUGUGGAAAUUCAGAGAAGACAACAGCUUGAGAUGGAAAUUAAGUCUACCUAUGAGGAACUCUUGUUACUGGAAGCUCAGAGACCACUGCAAUCUGUCACCACCAAAGAGGUAAUUAAAAAAGUGCCAGAUCCACAACUAGAAGAGGAAUACAUCAAAUGUCAACAGACAGCAACAGAAGAACAAAGACAGAACAAGGCCCUGCAGAAUGAACUUGAGGUGCUCCAGCUGAAACUCUACAACCUAGAGAAUGAAUCUCUGGCAGGGGCCCAACAGUACAUAGUGAAGGAGGUUGUACGUAUUGAAAAGGACAGAGCACAAGAAGAUGAGGUCCUGAGACUGAAGGAGGAGUUUGAUACACUAAAAAACCAUAAAACAGUAUAUGAGAAAGAUGUUGCUCUCCUUCAAAAACACAUUGCUAUUCUAACUGACGAAAAAAACAAGGAGCUGGGGAAUGUAACAACGCAAGAAAUUAUUACACUUCAAAAUGACCCCCAACUUGAAUCAGAGUUCAAAAUGCUUCAGGAAAUAAAAGACAAAGAAAAUGAGAUAAGACUACAGCAGGAAGAGGAGGUAUAUGUUCUUCAAGAAAAACUGAAACGACUUGAAAAAGAGAAGAUAAUGGCAGAAGAAAGGAUCAUUGUUAAAGAGCUACUGAAGGUUGAGAAGGACUUUGCUGUUGAAAGGGAUGUGCUUGAUCUCAGACGGCAGUAUGAAAAUGAAUUAACUAAGUUUCAGUCCAUGCAGAGAGAAAAAACUGAUCUGCAAAGAAAAACUCAGGUUCUUGAAGAGGAAAAAGCAAGACCUGCUGUACAAGAGAAAAUGCGUGAAAUUAUCCGACCAGACCCCAAAGCUGAGUCAGAAGUAACCUCACUCCGCACAGCUCUGUUUGAACAGGAACUCCAACAUAAGCAGUCAGAACAGCAACUGAAACUCUUACAAGAUGAACUAGUAGCCCAGAAAAACAGAAGUCUUCAAACAGAGAUCAAAGAGAUUAUUAAAGAAGUUAUUAAAUACAAAACAGAUCCAGAAAAUGAAAGUUUACUGGAAAAACUCAGAGAAGAAAAUGUAGAUAAAAGAUAUGAAAUAGAGAAGUUUGAACAGGAAAUUACUCAACUUAGACAGGAAGCUGAGACAUGGAAGAGUAGUGAACCUCAAGUUCAGGUAAAAGAGAUUGUAAAAGAAGUCCUUCAGUAUCAUGAGAAUCCCAACACAAAAGAAGAAGUAGUGAGUCUAAAGGCCAAAUUAGCAGAAGAGGAGAAAAUAAUGAUGACUCUGGAGAGAGAAAAAGCUGAAAUUAAGGAAAAGAUCCAGUUGCGGGACAGAGAGCUUUCUCAGGUAAAAGAAAAAUUUGUUGAACAAGAAAUUGUAAAGGUAGAAGAAGACCCCAUAGUAAAGGCAGACUGUGAGUUAAUUGUAAACAAAAUUAGCAAUGAGCUGAAAUGGAUAGAUGAACUUAAAGAAGAAAUCAGCAAGUUACAUUGCAGGAAAUUAGAUGUGGAGCAUCAGUUAGAAGAAUUAGACAAAGACAGACAAGCUUACAAAGAUGCAGAGUUUGAGAUUCAAAGGUUGCAGACAAGACUAACAGAACUGGAAGAAAAAGAAAAUACAUCUAAUGAAAAAGUAAUGGUAAAACAAACAGUAGUGCUCCAACAAGACCCUCAACAAGAAAAAGAAUAUGGAAUUAUUAAACUUCAAUUAGAAGAGGCAAUACACAAAAGACAACUAAUACAAAAUGAUCUCAUUGCAUUCCAACAGCAUUUUGUCCAUCUGGAAAAAAAGGAAGUGAAAGAAAGAGUUGUGUUCUCCGAGAAAGUUCAAGUAGAAAAAAAUCCUGAAAGUGAAUCUCAAAUGCAGAGACUGAAGAAUAGCAUUGAAGAUGAGGUCAAACGUAAACAGGGGCUGAAUAAAAAGAUAGAGCAACUAAAUGCAAAACUAUCUGAAGCAGAGUUCACAAAUGCUAAAUGCUCCAAGGAUAUUGAAUAUCUAAAAAAAGAAAUAAGCCAACUAAAACUAGAAAAUCAAAGCUUACAAGCAAAAGCCAAAAACAUUCAGCUUGGUAGUGAUAUGGCAGUACAUGAAACUAAAGAUACCGAGGAUGUAUCAGAACCAGAUAACCUCAUAAACUUUGAAGCAAGAAUUGCAUCUCUUGGAAGUGAGCUUGAUAAUUUAAAACACAUUUCAAAAGAAAAAGACCAUGAAAUUGAGCAAUUGCAAAAACAGGUUAAUGAAUCCAAAACUAAGAGACAGCAGAGAGAGAAUUACCUGCAACGCUCAAUAAUUGUCAUAGAUCCAGACACAGGUAGAGAAAUGACUCCGGAAGAGGCUUACAGACUUGGCCUCAUAGACUGGAAUGUACUUGACAAACUUCAGAAUCAACAGUGUGACUGGGAGGAGACUACGAUUACAGAAGCUGAUGGGGAAACCUCAGUAAUACAUGACAGACUAUCAGGAAAGAAGUUCUCUAUCUAUGAUGCAUUAAACUCAGGAAAGAUAAGCAAAACCCAGCUUGAUCAAUAUUAUAACAAAGAACUUUCCAUCCAGGAGUUUGCUAUCCUUGUCAAAGGUGAAAAAUAGAAUCUCUAUUCAACUGUAUAUUUCACUGGCUUAUUACAGAUAGCAGAUGUAUGCUGUCUCCAUAAACUGUCAGUUGAAAAUAACAAUUUCUAAUAACUUUACAGAACAACAGAUUGUUGGAAUUACACCCAUUUACUGAAUAUUUUCUACAUCUUUUGUGCAUAUAUAAAGCCAUGACCUUUGUAUGUAAAAAAUAGCACAUUCUAAAACAGCAGCAAUGCUCUUAAUCUGCAUAUUCAAAGAUUAUUUACAAAGUCAAUAAGAUAAUUUGAAAACAGCUCUCUAACGAGUUAUAUAGAGUCAUUCUUGCUGUCUGAGAUAAAACACAGGUUUUGUAGGUGAUGUUAUAUUUCUUUGGACAACAACUGUGUGUAGAAAGCACUAUGACCAUAUGUACUGGGUCUCUCCAAGUCUUGACAAAAAAACAGCAAGAGAAGGUACAAGCCAAGUUGUACAAAAUCUAAAGAACAUGAAUGAAUGCCUUACUGAUUGGCAGCUAAAAAUUUUAUUCACUUUAUAUUAAUAGCAUGUUAUUUUAAUGUGAGCUGUAAAAAAUACUUUAAAAGGAAUUCUUACUUCUCCCAAAGGCAUAUUAUACUUAAUCUGUGUAGUAGUUUUUCUUCCUGUCUUAUUUUUUUGUUUAUUAGCUGACCCCUGUGAAAGAUAAAUUGUGCCAUACUGUAAAGAUGCACAUGGUUAUAUUAUUAAUGCGCUGCUGAAUAAGGUUGGCCUGCUGCCUCCAGAACAUGCUGUCUGCAUGCUUGACUGAUGACUUCAGUUCAGGAAUGAGCAGGGAUAACCAGAUGGGCUAGCCAUCGCCUGCUCUCUUAUCUUGGUGGUGGGUGAUAGUUACAGUGCCUAGUUCUGCUACCCCAAUUUCUGGUGGAGACUACAGGCCUAGCUACAGGAAAUAGGUGAGACUGGCAGCCAGGUUAUCAUCAGUGUUUGCUCUAUCUGUUGCAUGUUGCUGAACACCAACUUCUACGUUACAUAUUGUGACACGUCCAUCCAUACAGAUUAUUUUUACAAGCCGAUAAACCUCUGUUGGCAUGUCUACAACUUUACUUAUUAAUUCAGGUAGCUCCAAACCUAGUCUGCUGGAGAUGUUGGAGAACCACCUAAGGAAGUACUAUGCUCAGGAUCAAUUAGAAGCAGUCAGGUAUUCAGGGGCAAGAAAGGCUUGAUAACAAUGGAAAAACAUAUGGUCCAUAGUUGUUGGUAGAGUGGUAUAUAAAAUUGCUGAAUGGGUGUUACGGCAUUGAAUUUAAUUUUGUUUUUGGAUCUCCUUUGUAAUCCUAUUCACCAGCUUACCACUGAAUCAGCAGACCACUGUCCCAGCAUAUGGCUUGCCAUCACUGUACUAUAGUAAUCUUAACAGAUAAAUUAUCAUUGUUUCUGAAGGAUGGCUGAAGCCCCCUGCACCCCCAUUGUGGGGGCUUUAUAACAUAUUCCUAGUUACUAAAUAUACUAACCCUGAGACUGCAAAAUCUCAGAGCAAAAGGAAGACAGUCAUCCCUUCACUUCAUUUAAAUAAAUAUUUGUUCUGUUUUACUGCAUUUACCUACUCCUUCCUUUUGUUAUCAUUGUUACUUCUAUCAGUCAUAAUGUUGCAUUUACCACUGGACCCUUGGCGCCAAGCCAUUUCACUUAUUAUAGUAGUUCCCAGUUCACUUCCUGAGGCUCCUUUCAAAGCAAUAAGGCCUUGCAAAAAUAACUAAAAUAAGCAUUUAAUGUUGAUUGCAAAGAAGCAUCAGUGCAGUCAGCAUUGGGCACAGAACACUAGUGGGGAGUUCUAAGCCAUGUAGUGCACCAUUAUUAACCUAUUAAUACCUUUAAUGGUGAAAUGUCACACCUCUAGCAGGCUACACACAUCUUCACAUGCCGCAGCAUCUUCUGAAAAAUCAAGUUAAAAAGUAUUAGCCUAACAAAUGCAAAUAUCUUGUGAACAGUAAAUUAAAAAGGCAUAAAAUAAUGUUAUCAAAGCUUUGUAUACAAUGAUAAUAGUGUACUGACAAUCUUUGCAGCAAUGAGAUAACAUAUUAUGCCACACGAGUGGUGUAGCCCAGUUGACCCGGGUUCAAUUAUUAGCUCAGGUGACUGACAGAGCUGCAGGAAGGAAUGGGCAUUAUCAUCCUGAAGGCUGAUAACAUGGUGUCCUCUGCAAUGAUCCCUGGUAGUGAUUGGGGUGACAUAUGAUAGGAUACAUGGCCCUAAAGAGGAUGCAGGGGGUGGACAGGGCAGAGCUGCUGCAGAGGCAGGGCAAUAUGCCUCAAUGUCCCCGUUGCACAUGUGCCCCUCAGAUGUAACCACAGGCAUCAAGAAGGAAGGGGGCACAAGUAGGUCAUACAAACUCUUCCCCCUAAGGCUGACUGAAUGACAGCACCCCUCCCUGAAUGCCCUUACGAUCUGUGCUAGCCUUGGUAAAAAAAUCAGUAAUAGUCUGGGGGUGAACUGGAGUAGCUGGUAAAGCUAGUGAUUGCCCUGGGGUGGCUGUUCUGAUGAGCAGGGGGACGCAAAAUAAAAUGAAUGUAAUAUAUUAUAACAUACAUAAAUAAAGAUAUAUAUUUUUCUUCUAAAGUUUCGCAAACAACUUUUUAUAUCUUGCAUACUAUACAACCUAGGCAUACACUGUCAUCAUUCUUUGAUUCAGACAGACUUGAGCUUUCACAAAACAAGAAAUUUAUUUCUGUGUGCAUGUUUACUGAUAUUUACAGAAAUGUGGAAGUUACACUUAUGUGUAUAACUAACAUAAAUAUCUCUUGAGAUGAACAGUUACAAUGCAAAUAUCAAUGACAAUUUUCAACAUCAUAUAUGGUUUCGCCUGAUGCCAUAGAAUACUUUGUAAAUCAUUUAUUUGGUUUUGGAAAUAUUACUGUAAAUAUGGAAACAUUGCAUAUCUUCAAAAAUAUUAGCAAACUACUAACAAUAUUGCUAGUACAGUGUAUUAUAUAUGAAAAGUGAAAAUUUAUUUUUAUCUCCCACCAUAACACAUCAUUUCCCUCAAUAAGAUGCACCUCUUUCAGUUAUGGAAAUAUGAAUGUAGAUAUGAAAAUAUGAACAAGACAUGAGAAACAAUACAGGAUAUCCUAUAUUAACAAAGUUAAUGUCACUUUGUUAUUUAUACACUGCCCCUUCUAAUGCUGCUUAUUAUUAACUGCUAAGUCACUUAAGUAAGAAAACCAGCCCUAAAAAAUAUCAGAAUGCUGUAAGGAUCUAUGGGUGCUAAACAGAAGUGCACAAAAGCAGUGAUCACUAUCUGUCUCUUCCCAUGGGCACUAUUUUCUGCACUGAAAUCAGGGAGAGGUUGUUGAUGUACAACUCCUUUAACCUGAGUCCAUAAGAUAGUUAUAAAUAAACUUUCUGUUUUAUUUGUUAUAAUCUGCUUUUUGUUGACAUUAAUUUGCAUAACAACAUUUUGAGUAAACAAGGUAACAGGAAAUUGUUUCUAAAAAAUGAAAUAAUUAUUUUGCUCAUGUUCAGCUUCUUUAGACGUCUAAAAAUUAAAGAGAACAAUAUUCCAUUAAAUCUGUGAAAAUGUAUGAUGACCCACUAUACAGCUUCUGAAAAGGAGCUUAGACUGGGAUUUAUACAUAUUGAUUCCUGGUCAGUUUUUUGGAAUGAAUAAAACGGCAUCCCCAACCAGAAAGCAUCAGAUGUCAAAUAUAACUGGUAACCUUACCUCUAAGCACAAUAAAUCUGGACAAAGCUAAAAAUAAUGGGGGGACAAAUUUUAAAUAUUGCUGUUAUGAACUUAGUUGAUAGAAUAACAGCUUUUGCAUUGGAGUGCAUUUUUUCUGAAGGAUAAUGAAGUCUGAAACUUAAGUGUAUGUUAUUAUUUAGUGGCAUCAAUCUUCAAUGUUUUAACAGAAAAUCACAAUAUAUUUCAAGGAACAGACCAAAAAUAUGACGCAAGAAUCUAGACAGUCCAAAAAUCUGGACAGUUGAGAGGUAUGCCGGUAACUGUUACUGAAAAUAAAUUAGUUGUACUCCUAACCAUUUAAAUGUUUGUAUUUGGAAAAAUGGCUGUAGAAAAUAGGAUCUUAUUUUGAAAUGAUUUGCCUUUACAAAUUUGCAGAUGUUGGUUAAGUCCCUUUCUGCUGAGACUUUUGUAGAUUCCUAGACAAUUGCAUUGAUAGGGAACCCAUGAGAAAUAAUUAGCAAUCUGAAUGAGUCUCUGUAGGCUUUUUUGACAAAAAAAAUUAGUUAUGAACCCUGAGAAAAACGUUUAGCUUUACAAAGAGAAUAUUGGAAUAUGCUGAGUCAUUCUAUAAAAAAAUGAAUGAGUAAAAAAAGAAUAUGGAAUAGGGUUAAGCUUUCAAGAACAGAAAGCUAACAAAACUCACAAAAUCUUUACAAAUAUGAGGAAAUGAGAGGUACAAAGAUAUUACAAAAUAGACACUGCAGUCUGAACAUAGGUAGCACAGAACCUGAGCAUGGAGUUGUGUAUGACGCUUUGCCCAAGUCUGACCAUUAACUGGAGCACAAUGUCACUGUAGACCUUGGAGAUACAGCAUCUCUGGUCCUGAAAGGAUCACCCAUGUAUGUCUGUCUCUCUGACCCAAUUGACUGAGUCAAAAUUACUAUUUUGGGAACACAAGAAGAAGAAGAAGAAAAUUGUGUUAAUAAAAUUUACCUUAUUAAAACUGCUGCUUCUGAAGUGCACAAAAGCAGUGAUCACUAUCUGUCUCUUCCCAUGGGCACUAUUUUCUGCACUGAAAUCAGGGAGAGGUUGUUGAUGUACAACUCCUUUAACCUGAGUCCAUAAGAUAGUUAUAAAUAAACUUUCUGUUUUAUUUGUUAUAAUCUGCUUUUUGUUGACAUUAAUUUGCAUAACAACAUUUUGAGUAAACAAGGUAACAGGAAAUUGUUUCUAAAAAAUGAAAUAAUUAUUUUGCUCAUGUUCAGCUUCUUUAGACGUCUAAAAAUUAAAGAGAACAAUAUUCCAUUAAAUCUGUGAAAAUGUAUGAUGACCCACUAUACAGCUUCUGAAAAGGAGCUUAGACUGGGAUUUAUACAUAUUGAUUCCUGGUCAGUUUUUUGGAAUGAAUAAAACGGCAUCCCCAACCAGAAAGCAUCAGAUGUCAAAUAUAACUGGUAACCUUACCUCUAAGCACAAUAAAUCUGGACAAAGCUAAAAAUAAUGGGGGGACAAAUUUUAAAUAUUGCUGUUAUGAACUUAGUUGAUAGAAUAACAGCUUUUGCAUUGGAGUGCAUUUUUUCUGAAGGAUAAUGAAGUCUGAAACUUAAGUGUAUGUUAUUAUUUAGUGGCAUCAAUCUUCAAUGUUUUAACAGAAAAUCACAAUAUAUUUCAAGGAACAGACCAAAAAUAUGACGCAAGAAUCUAGACAGUCCAAAAAUCUGGACAGUUGAGAGGUAUGCCGGUAACUGUUACUGAAAAUAAAUUAGUUGUACUCCUAACCAUUUAAAUGUUUGUAUUUGGAAAAAUGGCUGUAGAAAAUAGGAUCUUAUUUUGAAAUGAUUUGCCUUUACAAAUUUGCAGAUGUUGGUUAGGUCCCUUUCUGCUGAGACUUUUGUAGAUUCCUAGACAAUUGCAUUGAUAGGGAACCCAUGAGAAAUAAUUAGCAAUCUGAAUGAGUCUCUGUAGGCUUUUUUGACAAAAAAAAUUAGUUAUGAACCCUGAGAAAAACGUUUAGCUUUACAAAGAGAAUAUUGGAAUAUGCUGAGUCAUUCUAUAAAAAAAUGAAUGAGUAAAAAAAGAAUAUGGAAUAGGGUUAAGCUUUCAAGAACAGAAAGCUAACAAAACUCACAAAAUCUUUACAAAUAUGAGGAAAUGAGAGGUACAAAGAUAUUACAAAAUAGACACUGCAGUCUGAACAUAGGUAGCACAGAACCUGAGCAUGGAGUUGUGUAUGACGCUUUGCCCAAGUCUGACCAUUAACUGGAGCACAAUGUCACUGUAGACCUUGGAGAUACAGCAUCUCUGGUCCUGAAAGGAUCACCCAUGUAUGUCUGUCUCUCUGACCCAAUUGACUGAGUCAAAAUUACUAUUUUGGGAACACAAGAAGAAGAAGAAGAAAAUUGUGUUAAUAAAAUUUACCUUAUUAAAACUGCUGCUUCUGAAGAUCCUGAUGCUGUGUUUAUGUACUGCGCCACACAAGAAGAUGUAGAAUAAAUACUGGACGUUGCUGAACACAGCAUAACUACAAAAUAUACCAAAAGGUUUCCCAUGCAGCAGUUCACACCUAGCGAGGAGCAGUGCACUGGACAUCACUGUGGUUGCAUACAUUCUUUCAGUCCAAUUUGUGCCUUGUUUGCUGCUACAGAUGGGUCUUAUUUAGAACACUAGGACUAUAAUGUGAUUUAGGGGAAUACAGCUUUACAUCAAUUAAUUUUUUAUUGACUUCCAAUUCAUCAGUGUAAAAUGCUCAACUACUGAUUCAUCAAACAUGUCUAUAAUGUGAAGUGCAAAGGUGACAAGGAAGUUUUCCCCUUUAACCCCAGGGUUCAGCAAUCAGGGGGUGCAUAUAGAAAUGGGGCGUAUGGGUGAUUUUGUCUUCCUUAAAAAUUUUCAUUUAAAAGUUUUUUUCCACUUUUGAGGUCCACAUUACUUGACUGUAUUUCACAGUCAGGAGGCAAUGAAUUAUGUGUUGAGCAAAAACUGUGGGCCCAUAACUUAGACUGUAAUGGUAUGCUGUGUUUAUGGCCUGCGCCACACAAGAAGAUGUAGAAUAAAUACUGGACGUUGCUGAACACAGCAUAACUACAAAAUAUACCAGAAGGCUUCCCGUGCAAUAUUCUCUUUACCAUUACCUUGCACCUCACUAGAAAGUGUCACUAGCAUAGCUCUCUGCAUUAUACUGCCUUCCCCUUUACUGCACUCUCUCCCUCUCCACUAGUUCUCAGCUCUUCUUGGACCCACUUACCCACUCACUCCCCUCAGUGAUAAGACACCCUUGUUCUGCGUCCUCAUCCUGACCUCCUUCCCACUUGACUCUGAGCUUCCUUCUACAGUCCCCACGUUUAGACUUACCCUCUUGAUCACUCUCUUUCUUCACUGAUUGUCUUCCAUCACACUCUGCUCUCUUGGCUCUUCCCGCUACGUUCGCCCUGCGGGCUCACUCCGCUCCCCUACCCUGCCCCCAAUUCCCACCCGCCCCCACUACUCCUACAUAUAUUACUUUAGAAAACACACCCUCACAUGACUAACUCCAAUCAAAUACACCUCAUCAUUAACACCCUCAACCCCUUUAGCAUCACUUUACAUCCACUUAUUACAUAACUUAAACUUCUCCUUUCUCUCAGGUCAGACUACUACUUCUCAGUUUUGCUACAAAUCUACCCCUUAUUACCUCUCUCAUCUCCCUUAACUUUGAAAUACCUGCAUUAUUUAUCCCUUCACAACUCCAACUACUUUUCUGUAUCUCUCUCCUAACUCCUCUAGCCACUACCUAUCUCCUUACAUCAUAUGCACAACCAAUCCACUACUCCCUCAACUUUCCCUACUCACACACCUCUAUAGCUAUACUCCCUUUAAGCUCUAUUUCCACAAACCUAACUUAUAAAGCUAGCUACCAACUACCCAAAUACCACAGACGUGUACAUAUCAAAUUAUAUAACCUCAAAAUAAAAAAAAUCACUAGUCUGCCUCUAUAAACCUCUCCAGACUAAACAACUAUUACUUGUCCAUGCUCUAUUGGAUGGUAACAUUCAUCCUAACCCUGGCCCUCACCAUAACUAUUCUACAGGAAACACUUACCAAAAUAUAACUAGUACCCUCUUAACUGCCAAACCUGGCAACACACUCUUAGUUGCUCAUGUUAACAUUUGUAGUAUAUGUAACAAAAUUGCUCAUGCCCUCUUAGAUGUCCACCAAUUUGACAUUCUUUGCUUAUCUGAAACAUGGCUUAAACCUCACAUUAAAGACAACAAAAUUACCCCACCCAGAUAUAAUAUUAUAAGACAUGACCGCCCAGUCAAAAAGGGAGGAGGAGUUGCUAUCUUAUAUAAAGCUAAUCUUUAAAUCAGUACUAUACAUCCCAACCUACCCCUUGACAAUAAUACCGAAAUUAUCUGCUUAAAGCUUCCACUCAACAAAAGUAAAGCAAUAAAUAUUAUUUGUACAUACCUUCCCCCAGGAAAUAACAUUAUUACACUAGAUAAUAUCCUUAACUUGCUCUCCUCCAACCUCCCACAAGAAACAAUUAUCCUAGGUGACGUAAACAUUGAUUGGAAUACCUGUAAAAGUAUAAACCCCACCUCCCAUAUAAACUUAUAUGGCUUCUCACAACUUAUCAAUAGCCCUACCAGAACCAAUAAAAUCAAUAUCCAUGAAACUACCUUAGACUGGAUACUUUCAAAUAACCCCCACCAAACCUAUACAUCUGGUACCCUUCCAGAUGAUCUAAGUGCCCAUUCACUAACUUACAUUAUUAGACAUAGAACAAACCUAACUCUUCCUAAUACUGUCCUAACAUUAUGCUCAAAAAAGCAAUUUAACUCUGAACUCUUUCUAGCUGAACAAAAAAACAAUGUAGCUGGUCUCUACUAAACCUUCUUCCCCUUAAUGAAGCAGUAGAACACUUCAAUUCCACAUUCCUAUCCAUUCUAGACCGUCAUGCACCUCUACGUACUAUUAGAACCAAAGCUAAACCAGCCCCCUGGCUCUCCAAUGACACCAGGCAAAAAAUCACUCUUAGAAACAAAUUUUGGGCAAAAUGGCGCACUACUAAAAAUCUGACUGACCGCCAAACCUUCAAAGAACUUAGAAACAGUACAAAAAAAGCCAUUCUGACAGACAAAAAGAACUAUUUUCUCCUAACUCAACAAACCUUUAACAAGCAACCUAAACAAUUCUGGACAAGUAUUAAUAAUCUUCUUUCCCCAGGCCAGUCUGUCACACCCAACCCACUAGGCUCCAACCCUGACAAUCCCUCACAAACAGCUAAUGCCUUUAACUCUUUCUUCACAAAUGCUAUCCAAACAUUGGCUAGUCACCUAUCUCCUGACACCUUAAACCUGCCCACAUCUUCUUCUACUCCAUCUCCUGCUUUUCAUUUUGAACCUAUUCCUACCUCCUUUAUCUUCUCACUCCUUAAUAAACUAAAACCUACCACCCCUUCUGCCGACAGACUCCCUGCAGAGUUCCUUCAAAUAGCUGUCAAAGCUAUAGCCUAUCCAUCUCUAUACUCUUAAACAGAUCUAUUACAAAAGGAACUGUUCCCUCUAUCUGGAAAAUAUCUCAUAUUAUUCCACUCCACAAAGGUGGGAACUCCAAUGACUUCUCUAACUAUCGUUCUAUAGCACUCCUAUCCCCUCUUGCUAAAAUAUUGGAAAAAUGCAUACAUAAACAACUACUUAACCACCUUCUCCAAAACAGCCUACUUGCUUCUUGUCAGCAUGGAUUUAGACCUUCUCAUAGCACCACCACUGCAUUGCUCUCCUUUACUAACUCCAUCAACUUUAACCGCAAUAAAAAUAUUCUAUCAUCUGCAGUCUUCAUUGACUUGUCUAAAGCUUUCGACAUGGUUAACCACCAACUUCUUCUGCACAUUCUUACUUCUCUCUCACUUGAUGCUCCUUCCAUUACUUGGUUCACAUCAUACUUAAAUAACCGUCAACAGGCAGUUCUCUGGAAAAACUUACUAUCUGAUCACCUUCCUAUCUCUGUAGGGGUUCCUCAAGGCUCUAUCCUAGGCCCCCUUCUAUUUUCCAUCUUUAUCAAUGACUUGCAAACAGCUAUCUCUAACACCACCUGCAUUCAAUACGCAGAUGACUCUACAAUAAUCUGUACAGCCACCUCUCAAACUGAACUCCAGUCUAUUACCCAAAACGCCUUUAACACUGUAGAACAAUGGUUCUCUCAACGUUGCCUGCUCCUUAACCCUAAGAAAACUAAACUACUACUCUUCUCACCUACCCAAAAGUCCAUUCCUUUACACUUCACUCUCACUUUCAACAACAGUACUGUUAUCUUGCCUGAUCUUACCACUACUAAGCUACUAGGAAUAACUAUAGACAAUAAUCUCAACUUUGAUUCUCACAUUAACAAUACUAUAAAAUCAGUUAACAAAAAAAUAGGAUCACUAUAUAGAAU